UCUGAAGCAUUUUAAGUCUGAGGAGAAAUAGAAGUUUGGGAGAGAGGAGAAAAGGGGGAGGAAAGAGGAAUCUGGGCUGUCAAUGCCCUUUUGUUUUCUUCCUUUUUGAAAAGGAUGGCCGAAGAUCUUUGUUUCUUCAGCAAGGACACCCUCGUCAUAAAGCCCCCUAAGAAGUCUCCAUUGGUAUUGAGGACGGUUGUGUUAUUGUUCUCUAUGGUCUGUGGUGUUUAUAUUUGCUCAAUUUGUAUAAAACAGAUAAGAACACACACAAAGGCCAGAUUCCUAAGUUUUGAAGGGGUUCAAAGGCCUUGCAGUGUCUUGAAUGUUGAUCCACAGGAGAUUCAUUAUGUGCACUAUCCCAUACCCAACACCUAUGACAGGGCUGAAUGUGCAUGCAAUCCUGUAAGAUUCUUUGCCAUCUUAUCGAUGCAGAGAUCUGGUAGUGGAUGGUUUGAGACAUUGUUAAAUAGUCAUAUCAAUGUAAGCUCGAAUGGGGAAAUUUUCUCUGUGAAACAAAGAAGAGCCAACACUUCAGCAAUAGUGGAGACGCUGGAUAAAGUUUACAACUUGGACUGGUUAACCAGUGCUUCCAAGAAUGAGUGCUCAGCUGCGGUUGGCUUCAAGUGGAUGCUUAAUCAGGGUGUGAUGACACAUCCCAAAGAAAUAGUAGAAUAUUUUAAUCGGAGGGGCGUCUCUGCAAUAUUUCUCUUUCGGAGAAAUCUGCUGCGCAGGAUGAUAUCAGUCGUUGCAAAUUCUUACGAUCGAGAUAAUAAGCUGCUAAAUGGGACCCACAAGUCUCAUGUGCAUUCACCACAUGAGGCCAAAAUACUAGCAACAUAUAAGCCUACUAUCAACGCCACAUUGUUGAUUCCCAAUCUGAAGCAAGUGGAGGAUACAACAGCCAAAGCUUUAGAAAACUUCAAAAGCACUCGCCACACAAUUCUUUACUACGAGGACAUAAUAAAGAACAACACUAAGCUGAUGGAGGUUCAAGACUUUCUAAGGGUUCCACAGAGGAAGCUUAAGAGCCGUCAGGUGAAAAUACACAAAGGGUCUUUAUCAGAGCAGGUUGAGAACUGGGAUGAUGUUCACAAGACACUGAAGGGAACGCGGUAUGAGAGCUUCCUCAAUGCAGACUAUCAAAUUUAGUCCUCUUCCACCCGGGUGAUGUAAAUAACAACACUUCCCUGAUCCCUCCAGUCAUUUUUUCCCAAGAAAAGCCAGCACUGACCCCUCACCCCUUCAUCCGUUCAACCAGCCAGUUGAAAAUUUUGGAUCCAGCACAGGCUUGAAGUUAGUGAUUUAUUUUCUUUUUUUGUUUAAUUUACUCCUGAGCCCGUUUGACACUCCAAUUGGAGAUUUUUUUGUUGGUUUUUUUUUUUUCUUUCUUUUGGGAUCGUUGACAGACAUCAUCUGAUUAUCAUGUAUAUUUACUGUGAAAAUCAAUGUGAGUGUAUCAGGAUCUCACUGUGCAUUGUUUCA